CAUACCUCCAGCAAGCUCAAGAGCUGGUGCUUCUUGAAUCCAUAGUGCUGCAGACCCUGGGUAAGUAGUGGUGACUGGAGUGGAUGACUUGAGCGAGAGAGAGCACUUUUGUUUAUCAUAAUCACUAUCAUUGUUUUACCAUUAUCAGUAAGGGAGUAGUGCUAUUGAUCACUGUUGAGUUUACUUGCCGCAGCCUGAUAAGUGACAUGUUUUAUCAGCUACUGUAUGGGUAUCCUGUCAAAUGUGUAUUUUCAAUAAAUCAUGUAAAGGUGACAUGUCAUUAACGUAAUUGCUGUCAUGAGCUUUGGUUUUGAAUUCAUUUGAUUGAUCUCACUUUUUUCGUCAAACCUGUUUUUGCUCACUUAUUGAUUACAUUUGUUAAGAUGUAAUCCAGAAUGAAAGUGCUCACCGUUGAGUUGACAUAAAGUUCCACUCUUCACAUUUAACACAUAGAUACUUACUUGAAUCUGAAUUGACGCCCUAUUAAAUGAUUGCUAGAUCCUAAGAUGACAUGUCACCUCCCAACUGUGCUUGUGUUGAACUCACCUGUCGUGUAUUUUGUUCCAGGCUUUGAAAUUACUAUUGAUCACCCACACACUGAUGUGGUGAAAUGUUCCCAGCUAGUUCGAGGUAGAGGCUUCCUUCUUUGCUCUUUGUGCCCUCUGGUCUUGUUUGUCCCACCUCAGAUAAGGGUGGGGAGGGGGGAGAAAACCUUGCAGGCUUAAUGGCUACAUGACCACACGCCUUGUACUUUUGAUGACCUUUUUAGUUUGUUGUUUGACAUGGCACUUAAACAGCAACAUUAACUCACACUUGAUUAGGCCAAGUCGAAGAUUGAAUUUUAAUCAUUUGGUUUAGGGGUAUUUUACAUUCAAGAGAAUAGUGUUCAUCUUUAAACAGAUGCUCUUUAUAGAAAAUCACAUGAUUAAAUUAGUGCCUUGAACUUUGUUUCACGGUUUUUUUCAAAUCUUUGAUUACAUACAAUUGACAACUUGCCAAAUGUAAUAUUUGUAAAAUGAUAUCCUAAUUUUAACAUUAUACAAUAAUGGGUAAAGCAAUAAAAUCAUACUACCCAAUUAUCUCCUAGUUUUCCUUGCAAAUUAAAUUUAGAAAAAUCAUCAAUCAUUCUGUAAGUUUCCACAAUGUUGCAACAGCAUUGUUCAGUCUUGGUUUUGGCCUAAUCACUUCAUUGAAAAGUAACUAAAGGCAAACAUUCAGUUCCUGUCCUAAUGAUAGUGGAAUGCUUUGCCUAGCUGAAAUGCUAAUCCCCUUUGCCUUUCCCUGUCUUUCUCUUUUUCUCUGUCUCUCACAGCAAGCAAGGAUCUGGCUCAGACUUCCUAUUUCAUGGCUACCAACAGGUUGUUAUCCUGCCCCUCCUUUGUUGCACUUUGACUGCACACCAUAGCUUCCUGUAAUGCAGGGUACCUUUUCGGUGUCCAACGGGCCCUACUUGCGCUGGUGGUUAUUGGGACGCUUGCCUCUGCCCCUAAGCUUCCCUCCCUCGGUCAAAGGAAGCGGGCAGAAUGGCUUGUAGCGUUACCGGCCCCGGUUGCAGUGCGGUGUAUUGUACAAGGGACCAUGUGUUGGCACAGAUGGGUUGAAUGCAAGAUGUGAAGUGUAGUGGUGCGCUUGAAACCCACUUGUUUGUUCGGUUGCCAAAAAGUGCAUAAGUCUAAAAGAGAAAAACACUUUGGUAGCCUGAAUAGCAGCUAAAGAUUUCACGAUGUAAACAUUUCUCGUAGAGGUCCUUCCGCCUACACCUCACAACCUUCUGCCUCCAGUACAAGCCCACAGUGAUCGCCUGUGUGUGCAUCCAUCUGGCGUGUAAGUGGUCCAACUGGGAAAUCCCAGUUUCCACUGAUGGGAAACACUGGUGGGAGUACGUGGACAGCUCUGUGACUCUCGAGCUGCUAGAUGAGUUGACCCACGAGUUCCUGCAGAUUUUGGAGAAGACGCCCAGCCGUUUAAAGAGGAUACGCAACUGGAGGGCAACACAAGCUGCCAAAAAGCCCAAGAGCGAGAGCGCCCAGUUGAUGGACGGUACUUUUGUUGGGCCCUCCAUGCUCCAAGACCAAAGUGAUGCCUCACUUGCUGGAAGUUUUUCCAUGCCUGAAGGUGCUACCAUGUCCCUGGACACGUUGGCCGGCACCUAUAAUCCUGCUAGCCACAGUGAGUGGCCCCAGGGCAAACAGAGCCAAGCAGGGUACCCUUCCACCUGUAUAAAACAGGAACCCAUCAGCAUCCUCCUCCAAGAGCAGACACUGUCUUUGCAGACCACCUCUUCCUCUUUGCUUCAGCACCCACCCAUAAACAUAAAGACUGAAAAAACAGUGGACUUUAACCCUGUCAAACAGGAACAAAAAGGAGCUGGUGGAGCGGGUAAGCACCAUAUACCACCUCAGUCUUCAUACCCUCCACCUCAGCCAUCUCCUGCUCCAAAGCUUUCUCUGGACAAAUACAGAGAGAAACUUGCUGCAGAGCAGGCUGUCUCAGGGCAGAAACGCCGGCAGGAGCAGCAUGGAGGAGCAAUGGAUUGUGAUGUUAGGGGAGAAAUGUCGUCUUCCUCCUCUGCUACCUAUGCACCAUCAUCUGUGAGCCAAGUAGAACAUAGAAAACAUUCACACCAGACGUCUCAUGGUGGCCCUGGCAGCACUACUGCCUCCCCAUUGAAAAUUAAAGUCCCCUCCUUAACUUCAGGGCAAGAAAAACGUCAUCACAGUGACAAACGGGACAAAGGUCUGCUUAAACUCCGCCUGGCUGUGCCUGGGUCUGGCGGCAGCUCCCAGCUGGGUGGACAACCCGGCAAAGACGAGCUAAAGAUGAAGAUAAAAGUUUCCUCAUCGGAUUGCCACAGCUCAUCGGAUGAAGGCAUGGCCGCCACCAACAACAACAGCAAGAGUAAACAUUCCAGCCCUCUGGUGAGUAAGGAGAAACAUCGUGGAGGGGACCACAACGUCCAUCGCCAUCACAAGCACAGUCAUCCUCACACGCACAGUGGCAACGGGCGAGGAGGUCCAGAGGGCCCAGGUGGUGGGGGAGGCCUUCUGCGGGGUACUCCGGGACCGGUCGGCAUGGAAGGUACGACGCUUGCUCCACCUGGUUCCACAAUGCGCAAGAGGGCACACCCAGAGGUCAGCCACAACCACCACCCUCCCUCCUCAUCCUCCACUUCCUGCUCAAAAGUGAGCAAAAUCUCCAAGGGUGGCACUGGUGCUGCAGGUACUUCAUCUUUUUCUUCCUCCUUUUUCCCUCCUUGCUCCUCUCCUGUACUGCAGUGUGUCUCAUCUGGCUUGCAGCUCUUUGGCUAACCUCCCUCCCUCCCCCCUCCUCUUCCUUAUUCUUGUUUCUGCUCCUCCCCCUCCUGUCACACCCAGGUGGGCUGCGGACCUCUCAGCAGUACCCUCCUCCUAGUGAAUCGCCACACGAAGUGGGAGAGCAGAGACACUGAUUCCACCACUCUGGAGCUAUGACCACCACGUGGAGAUGGCAUGAAACCACCCACAAUUGAGACUUUAUAGACUAUGCUUACCUCCUUGUCAAGUGCCCUAGAAAAAUAACUAUCUGAUCAUGAGACCUUUAUUGAAAGGCAGAAAAAUCGUAUCUCCAUGAAAAGUAUUGUUCAAAUUCUCAAUUCCUGACAGAUGACAAAGAAAAAAAUGCUUCCUGACUGUCAUAUUUCUGGGCUGUGAAGCUCGGUCCUGUUUUUCUGUUAGUGUGUGGAAUUGCUGCUUGGUUCUUUUUCCUCUUUAAGUGGGUCUAGGAAUGUGCAAUUUGUGGGUGUUAGUGGUGGGAAGAGGUUGAGUGUGUUUCCAUCAGGAGGAAAGUCCCUCCGUACAUUUGAAAUCUCCACAUGGAGAAACUAAAGUAUUGCGAGUACUACAAGUCAUUUAAUCGAAUCACAAUUUUGCAGUUGAAUGGAGGAAGCCAGUGGCCAAUGGGAGGAGUUCCACUUAUGUUUGCUGGCAUUCCAUUUAGUGCUGUUGAUGGAUGCUUUUUUAGAUGUAAAGUUCAUCUCCUCAAUUACUUUUUUGUCUUGAUUUCUUUUUAUACUUAAGGACUGUGCAUAUGAUUUGCAUGUUUCAAUCAUCAAAGGGAUUCAAAAGGAGAGCACUUAUUUGCUGUUUACAGGAAGUGGAGAUACAUGUACAUACAAUUGUGUAUGUUUGAAGAAAAAGAAAAAGCUAUACCAUGACUACUCAGGUUUGGAGCUGCUUGUAAGUAUGUCAAAAUAACUAUAGUACCUAUAAAGACUUUUAUUUUGUUGAUCUACAGUUAAGGCAUCAUCGGAUGGAUGUUUGCAGAAUUCCAGUGGUGUGUUCUUCUCACAGCCUUCCUACAGAGGGUGCUGUGCUGUUCUAUCACAGGAAAUACCUGUUGCCGUCAGCAACACAUGCACAUUCAACACCUACUAAUCACAUCAGAGUGAUGGUAUUUGUACCAAAAUUUAUUUUUUUGACCUUUAAGUAGACCUUAAGCUAGAUGCCAAAGGUUUUGCCUCUAAAAGAAAAAAAGGACAGAAGUAGUUUGCUAUUAUAGUUUACAUAAUCCUUUUUAUUUUGAAGUGCAUCAGACAUAAUUCCAUGACAUGAGGCUGUAGCCCCUUAGAUGUGAGUGCAUACAAGGGAUACUUGUAUCAUUCAAUCAGCCAUUUACUGUACUUGUUAGGAGAGAAAAAAACAAAUCAUGGUUCUUUCCAUUCCAGAACAGUGACUGAUUGGCCAUAUGCAAGAAAGCUUGGAUCCAAGUUUCUGCAAUAUGGACAUGUUUUUUUUUUUUGUCGCUGACAUCCUCAUCCAGGUGGUUGAAUAUAUUAUAGCCACGUACCUUUCCGGACAUGUCUUUACAUCAGUUUUAUACCUUGAGCUCUACUCUAAAAUCUUGACAUGAUCCAGUCUCCUCUUGUUUCUGACUCGGUUACUCAUUUACUUGUAGAGCGCACGUAAAGACUAACAAGGCUAAGGCUGGAUUGUUUUCUACCUUCAUUAGGGAUUUUACAGUUGGGCACACAGAACAACAGUUGUGGACAAAUGCGCAUAUGCCACUCUUAACAUCCUUUUUUCAUUUCAAUUCAGUAUUACAAAUAAACUUUAAACUUGCUGUUAUCCUUACAGUAUAUAA